AUGGCGGACAGAAGAGAACUUUCUUCGAGAAGGAUUAGUAGUAACAGUGUUACUGAUCAUCAUCAUCGUCAUCAUCAUGAUCGUGAUCAAAAAUCAUCAUCAGAACGAAAAGUCGUGGAAGUGGUUCAUCGUCGAACCAUACAAGUUCAUCAAACCUAUCAUCAUCAUCAUCAUCAAGAACAACAACAAAUUGCUAAACAAAAAGCUAUGGUGAGUUCACAAAAUCACUACUCCAAAAGUAGUACUAGCAACAGUGGUCACCAUCAUCAUCAUCAUCACCAUCAUCAACAACAACAGAUGAUUGAUUAUUCAAGCUCAUCAAAGCAUCAUCAUCAUCAUCACAAACACCAUGAACACCACACCUCAUCAUCAUCGAAGAUUGGAGGUAGCUCUGGAACGAGACGAGUACACAAUCAACAAGCCAUGAUCGCCGCCGGUACUAAUUCGGCUUCGGCACAUAAUAAAAAACAAGUGUCGGAAUUGAAAGUUGUUGGCUUCAGCUUAUUUCGUUUCGAAACAUCCAAGUGA